UUUCCAUUUAUAUAUUUUUUUAAAAGCGAAUGGACUCUUGAAAGGGCGUUAAAUGAACCAGUUCCGAAAUGGUACCAAUGUGCAACUUCAGUUUCGCAGCCCUGCAAAAAACUAUUUCGUAGAGCUAAAUAAUAAGAAACAGAUUCGCAAUGGAUCCAGCACUGCUUCGCGAACGCGAGGCCUUCAAAAAGCGGGCGAUGGCCACGCCAACCGUGGAAAAGAAGUCCAAGCCCGAUAGACCAGCUCCACCGCCGCCUAGCGAUGAUUCCAGGCGCAAAAUGCGCCCGCCCAAUGCUCCCAAGCUGGAUGCCACAACCUACAAGACCAUGUCCGGCAGUUCCCAGUACCGCUUUGGCGUGCUGGCCAAGAUUGUGAAAUUCAUGCGCACACGUCACCAGGACGGCGACGACCAUCCCCUGACAAUCGAUGAGAUUCUGGACGAGACCAACCAGCUGGACAUUGGUCAAUCCGUGAAGAAUUGGCUUGCCAGCGAGGCUCUGCACAACAAUCCCAAGGUGGAAGCCAGUCCCUGUGGCACCAAGUUCAGUUUCAAGCCAGUCUACAAGAUCAAGGAUGGCAAAACGCUGAUGCGUCUGCUAAAGCAACAUGAUUUAAAGGGCCUGGGCGGCAUUUUGCUGGACGAUGUCCAGGAAUCUCUACCACACUGCGAAAAGGUGCUGAAGAACAGAUCAGCCGAAAUACUUUUUGUUAUUAGACCCAUUGACAAAAAGAAGAUAUUGUUCUACAACGACAGGACUGCUAACUUUUCGGUGGACGACGAGUUCCAGAAGCUAUGGCGCUCGGCUACGGUCGAUGCAAUGGACGACGCCAAGAUCGACGAGUACCUCGAGAAGCAGGGCAUUCGCUCCAUGCAGGACCAUGGCCUCAAGAAAGCAAUUCCCAAGCGCAAGAAGGCGGCCAACAAGAAGCGCCAGUUCAAGAAGCCCAGAGACAACGAGCAUUUGGCCGACGUUCUGGAGGUCUACGAGGAUAACACACUCACGCUGAAGGGUGUGAACCCAACGUAGAAUAAAAACAUUAGAUUAUACAAAUAUAAACCACUCUCAAUGGAAUUAAGUACACUCGAAA